AAGGGCUGUUAAAAUAAAAUAUAUCAUAAGCCUAGACAUUCACAGGACUAUAUAUAUAUAUAUAUAUAUAUAUACACACACAAAAGUGGUACAAUGUUGACCCCUUUUUGCUAAUAUAACAUUAUAUAUAUGUGUAAUAUAUAUAUAUAUAUAUAUAAGUUGACUACGCGUUUGUAUAUAUGCAUUAAAAGAAAAAAUUCCAGAAAUAAAAUAAUUAAAGCCAAGAUCAGACAGGGAAAUUGAGCUUAUAAAUAGACAAAGAUCUUGCCUCAUUCAAUCAUAUCCAGCACUCCCUCAGCCUUCGUCUUCUUCUUAUUCCUUCGUCUUCAAGGCUUUUGUACUCUCUCUAGCCAUUUGCCUAAACUUCAACAAAGUUUACGAAUACAUCCACAUCAUAGCAAGAUCAGCUAUGGCAAUUACUAGAAGUUUCCAUUUCAUCCUAUUAAUGCUUCUCAUCAUCAUGAGUACGUCAUGCCAUGCGCAGCUCUCUUCCACGUUCUACGACCAGACAUGCCCGAAUGCCCUCAGCACCAUAAGAACUGCCAUCAGGACGUCCAUCUCGAGGGAACGCAGGAUGGCUGCCUCUCUCAUCCGCCUCCAUUUCCAUGACUGCUUUGUUCAGGGAUGCGAUGCAUCAAUACUGCUGAAAGAUGGAGGCGAAAGGGAAGCCGCACCGAACCAGAACUCCGCUCGGGGAUAUGAAAUCAUCGACAAUGCAAAGUCACAAGUAGAGAAAAUAUGCCCAGGUGUGGUAUCGUGUGCGGAUAUACUAACCGUAGCAGCCCGAGAUGCUUCGGUCAUGGUCGGCGGGCCUUCUUGGACCGUCAAGCUCGGGCGGAGGGACUCCACCACUGGAAACCCGUCUCAGGCUUUGACCGACCUUCCUUUCUUCGGCGCCGACCUUGAGACCCUCAUCGGUGCCUUUGCCAAGAAGGGACUCAGUGCCAGGGACAUGGUUGCACUCUCAGGUGCCCACACACUCGGACAAGCACAGUGCUUCACAUUCCGCGACCGAAUCUACGCCAAUGGGACCAUCGAUGCUGGGUUCGCCAGCACCCGUAGGAGGAAAUGCCCAGCGAGCGGGGGCGACUCCAACUUAGCCCCACUCGACCUAGUGACUCCCAACUCAUUUGACAACAACUACUUCAAAAACCUGAUGCAGAAGAAGGGGCUCUUGACAUCGGAUCAGGUUUUGUUCAACGGUGGAUCGACAGACAACAUUGUGUCAGAGUACAGCAAGGACCCGGCAAAGUUCAAGGCCGACUUUUCCGCCGCCAUGAUCAAAAUGGCAGAUAUUGAACCUCUUACCGGUUCACAAGGGCAAAUAAGGAGGAUUUGCAGCGCUGUUAACUAAUUCCCACGGGCAAUACGGAACUUCACUUCUCCUUAAUUUCCAAAAAUUUAUGCAAAACUUUGUGCAGAAGUGUGACCGUCUGUCAAUUUUUAUUGUAUUCAUUCCUUUGUUUUUCCCAAGUAUACGCAUAAUGCAUUUCCAUCAUCAAUUUAUGGAGGUCAAUUUGUAGUCAAUUAAUUAACAAUCUGUUCGUUUUGUUAUUGGGGAAACUAAUAAUCAUAAAUUGAAUUACAUCUUGUCA